AUGGCGAUGAAAAAUGUUCGCUGUUCUUUAGCAGUGGAUAGUUUGAUGUAUGCUCAAGUUUGUACACUAACUGAUAUAACUUUUGUUGUGGGUGUGAUUGGUAGAUUUAUGAGUAAUCUUGGUCUUAUUCAUUACCAAGCAGUUAAGAAGGUCUUUAGGUAUUUUCAGGGUAUCAAAGAUCAUAAGUUGAUAUAUUGCCACACCAACUUUCUUGAUGUAGUUGGUUAUAGUGAUGCAGAUUAUAAAGACUAUGUAAAUGAUAAGAAACCUACGACUGGAUAUAUAUUUAUCAUGACAGGAGAUGCUAUGUGUUGGUGGAGUGCCAAGCAGUCAGUGACAACAUCCUCAACUAUUGAGGCAAAGUAUAUGGCGUAUUAUGAGGCUACUCAUCAUGCAGUUUGGCUUUAG